GACACGCACGACAAUUCGUACAUCUUGAAUAAUGCUCCCACUGUUUCCAAACUUAAAUCCGAGCCCUGUCGAUACGGCCUGGUUCAACGUGGACCUUCCCUGCGACGACGAAUCGGAACUUUAUAAAAUGGAAAAUAAACUAUUGAAAUGGAGAAAUAACAUUAAAAACUGGCACAGCGACCUGGUGCCAAUCGGUCUUCCUCUGAACAACGCCUUCGAGAAGCAGGAUGAACCAGCAGAUGAUACGAGGGUCAACGAUGAGGAUAACAAUUUGAACAACAUUGAAGAGGAGGAAGAAUUCAUCGAUGUCGUUGAAUUGGAGGAUGAGCAGGAUGAAGAAGACGAUGAGGAGGAAAGCGACGAUGAAGAUAUUAUAGAAGAUGUCGAAGAAUUGGAACAACCUUAUUCCCCAAGAGUUUGAUCAUCAUCUGUAUCAAUUAAUGUCAAUUAUGAAUACUAAUAAAUAGUUUCAUGAGAUUCA